AUGACCAGGAACCAGCAGAGGCCUGGUGACCCCAGGGCCGAGCCGGGCGUCCCCGGGGGCCUCGGAGGGGAGCGGCACUUUGCGUCAUGUAGGGCCCGCCCCUAGGACCCGGGUCCGGCGUGUGGUGCCGUCUGGGCCGCCGCCGGGGAACAGGAUUUCCGCGGUUGUGUAACGGCCCCUCGCGGGCGUGCAGAGGCCUGGGCCCCGCAUCCCUCCACCUCCGGGCCCCUGGUCUCCGGCGGCCGAGCCAUGGCCUGGGCGGCGGCGGGGAGCUGCGGGGCCGGCGGCGCGCUCUCGGUGCACACCCAGCUGUUCGACCUGCCGCCCGCGCUGCUGGGCGAGCUGUGUGCCAUCCUGGACAGCUGCGACGGCGCGCUGGGCUGGCGCGGCCUGGCGGAGCGACUUUCAAACACCUGGCUGGACGUUCGUCACAUUGAAAAAUAUGUAGAUCAAGGUAAAAGUGGAACAAGAGAAUUACUUUGGUCCUGGGCACAGAAAAACAAGACAGUUGGCGACCUUUUACAGAUUCUCCAGGAGAUGGGACAUCAUCGAGCUAUCCAUUUGAUUGCAAACCAUGGAGCAGCCUUGAAUCCUCCAGAGCAGAGUCAUCAGGGAGAUGGAUUUCCAGACGUAUUCCCCAAGGAAACAGCCAAUGUCACAGUGGAUAAUGUUCCUAUCCCUGAACAUAAUAAAAAAGGCAUAGUGCUUAACUCUUCUAUCAGCUUUCAAAACAUCCUAGAAGGAACCAACAACUUCCACAAAGGUUUCCUCAUCGGAGAAGGGGAGAUUUUCGAGGUAUACAGAGCGGAGAUCCAAAACCAGACCUAUGCCAUUAAGUUGUUUAAACAGGAGAAAACAAUGCAAUGCAAGAAACAAUGGAAGAGGUUUUUAUCUGAGCUUGAAGUUUUACUACUAUUUCAUCAUCCAAACAUACUGGAGUUGGCCGCGUAUUUUACAGAGAGUGAGAAGUUCUGCCUGGUUUAUCCAUACAUGAGAAACGGAUCACUUUUUGACAGAUUACAGUGCGUAGGGAACACAGCCCCACUCUCUUGGCACAUUCGAAUCAGUGUAUUAAUCGGAACAGCCAAAGCCAUUCAGUACCUGCACAACACGGUCCCAUGCUCGGUCAUCUGUGGCAGUAUUUCAAGUGCCAACAUACUUUUGGAUGAUCAGUUUCAACCCAAACUCACUGAUUUCGCCAUGGCACACUUCCGACCCCACCUGGAGCCUCAGAGCGCCACCAUAAGCAUGAGCAGUGGCAGCAGUAACCAUCUGUGGUACAUGCCGGAAGAGUACAUCAGGCAGGGCAAGCUGUCCACUAAAACAGAUGUCUACAGCUUUGGCAUCGUGAUAAUGGAAGUUCUGACCGGUUGUAAAGUGGUGUUGGAUGACCCAAAGCACAUUCAGCUGAGGGAUCUCCUGAUGGAAUUGAUGGAGAAGAGAGGCCUCGAUUCGUGUGUCUCAUUUCUAGAUAAGAAAGUGUUUCCCUGCCCUCGGAAUUUUUCUGCCAAGCUCUUCUCUUUGGCGGGCCAGUGUGCUGCAACACGGGCAAAAUUAAGACCAUCAAUGGAUGAAGUCCUACCUACUCUCGAAAGCACUCAAGCCAGCUUAUACUUUGCUGAAGAUCCUCCCACCUCACUCAGGUCUUUCAGAUGUCCUUCUCCUCUGUUCUUGGAUAACGUGCCAAGUAUUCCAGUGGAAGAUGAUGAAAGACAGAACAGACAGCCUCUGCUUCAUGAUAAACAUUUGAGAAAAGAGAGAAUGGCUCAGAAAAUCCCUUUUGAAUGCAGCCAGUCUGAGGUUACUUAUCUGGGCUUUGACGGGAAGACGGGGAGUAAGAGAAAUGAGGACGCUUGCAAACUGCCCAGUUCUCCUCGUGAAGAAUGUUGGCCUCCAAAGCACGCGGCACCAGCCUGGGAUUCAGGGGCUUCCGGUGUAGAUGCGGACCCUUCUGCAGAAGCUGCAGGCCACUCUCACAGGAGCAGGCCUGUGGAGACCAGCUGUUCCAGUGAAUUUGUCUGGUAUGAAUGUAAGCAGGACAAAAAGGAAUCCAUUUUACCAGAAGAUAAAGAAGAUGGCAAGUAUUAUCCAGGCACUUGAGUACAGGUGCCAUCUUGGGAAGACAUUGCCUUCGUAAGUAAUGCCCUGAGGAUGAUCCAUGUGACCUUGGCAAUGAGGAUCAACAAUCUGGACGAUCCCAUUCUUUGCUCUCCAACUUGCAAAACAGGGGGCCUUAAAUGUGUGUUUUAUCGGGUAAUCACCUCAGAUCAAACCUAGGCUAAAUGAGAGCCAUUCGUGAUUACUCAAGAUCAUGGGCUCUGACUUUGGACAAACAAAGCAAUCAAAACCUCCCCAAACGAGACUGGAUUCUAAUGUCCUUCACGGCAUUUAUCUGAGCCCUCAGAGCCUCAUUCUGCUAUGUGUGUUCAGUUGGAUUCCAUUGUUGGGUGUAGCUUGCCUGUGAAGUCGUAGGAAAUGUCUAGUUUAUAAAUAUUAAUAGUUGCCCUUUAAAGAAUUGCCUUUCCAUGUAUAUUGAUUGACCCGUGGCAGUUCCCUGUUCAUCUCUAUCAAGCUUGCCUGUGUGCAGAUGAGCCAGGCUCACCCUCGGCUAUGACAUGGUCUCUGCAGAGAGCGGAUUCUUGCACAAGAUCUGUAGGCUGUAUUUAAACUCUUAGGAUAACUUAUCACAUAGAAUACAAUUGUUGACUGUUAUUACUGGUACACGUUCUUUUUUUUUACAAACUUAGGUACCUAUUAUAUCCUAAGUAGGAUGUAUGAAAUUUAAAUCAAGUCAUUUCUGUUUCUGAGAAAAUGGCUGGUCAGAAGAGCCUAGGUCUGCUUUUUGAUUCUGUACCUUCCAGCUCGAUGCUUUUGCUCCUGCUGUGUCCUGUAUCUCUCCCUCUUACA